AGGUCUUACCUUCCUCCUCACCCCAAAUUUCCUUGUCUCUUUCUUCCCUCUCCCACAAGACUGCACCCUGAAAUAGGAAUAGAAGGAUAUAGACAGCCCAACAUGUUUCCAGCUUAGAGUGGAGAGAACCGGCAUCUGCUGGAGAGGAGUAGAGUGACCCAGACCCCUCAAGGAGAGUUUUGGAGGAUGGUCCGAGGUUGGGUUGGCGGCAGGGGACACCAUUUACCCCGAGCUCCAGCAGUGGACAUCGGUCUGGCAGUUAUACAUGUUUCCCUUCAAACUGGUUGCCAGGCUGGAAUGACCUGUGACAUCAGAGGCUUCUGACCUUCCUGAUUGGAAGGACAAGAUUCCGGGGCGCUUGGCAGCGCAGGUGGACAACAGCUCUUCACAGAGCUUUUCUCCACUCCUGGCUUUGCCCCAGCUUGGAGAAGGGAUAACGGGCUUGCGUUCAGCCAGAAUCCAGAAGAGGAGUUCAAGCAGAACAGGGUCUAAGUUUUCUGGAAGGGCAGAAAGAGCUUGGGAGAAAUCAUGUCCAGUUGUCAACCGUGUUCCCAGUCUGAGGACCAGAGCCCCCAGCCUAGCUCCUCAGGCUACCCCUUGGAGGUGGUGGUGGAUGAAGAAAUACCGGGACCAUCGGCCCCCUGGGUAGACCCCCGCCCCCCGCCUCAGUCCCCCGAAAGGAAGAGGAGAAGGGAUGAGUCAGAUGAGGAGACAAAUUCUGGGGCUGAGGACAUCUGGUUCGUGGAGACACUGUGUGGACUCAAGAUGAAGUUGAAGAGACGCCGGGUGUCUUCAGUGCUCCCUGAGCACCACGAGGUCUUCAACAGGCUGCUUGAGGAUCCUGUCAUUAAAAGAUUUCUGGCCUGGGACAAAGAUCUGAGAGUAUCUGACAAGUAUCUCCUGUCUAUGGUCAUAGCUUACUUUAGCCGUGCUGGCCUCUUCUCCUGGCAGUACCAGCGAAUUCAUUUCUUCAUAGCACUCUACCUGGCCAAUGAUAUGGAAGAGGAUAACCAGGCCCCCAAACAGGCCAUCUUUUCAUUCCUUUAUGGGAAGAACCGCUCCCAGCGUCCCUUGUUCCACAAACUGCGAUUCCAAUUUAUCCGAUCCAUGGACUGGAAGACCAGGGUGUCCCGGGAAGAGUGUGAGGAGAUCCAGGCUUUUGAUCCAGAGCUAUGGGUGUGGGGGCGAGAUCGAUCCCUUUUGCCCUAGAGCUCCCAGGACCAUGGAGGCCUGAGGUCAUCGGCCUGAAGGAAGACCCCUGAGCUCAGGGGAGACACAGGUUUUCAACAGGAACAAUCCAGACAGUGACAACAGACAUGAAGAAGGAAGAGAGGAGUCCCUUGUCCAGAUAAUGAGAAGAACCCAGGAAC